CGCUGUUGUGCGCAUGCGCGGCUGACGCUUGGCCGCGUGUUGAGCUGUACUGGGUCUUUUCCGGCGGUGAGGAGCGGAGCACGGCGCGCGGAGACAUGGCGCUCUACAACUUUAAAAAGAUCAUGGUGGUCCCCACCGCCAAGGACUUCAUAGAUGUGACGCUGUCCAAAACACAACGUAAAACCCCCACUGUGAUCCAUAAACACUAUCAGAUCCACCGCAUCCGUCAUUUCUACAUGCGCAAGGUCAAGUUCACCCAGCAGAACUACCACGACCGCCUGACGCAGAUCCUCACUGACUUCCCAAAGCUGGAUGAUAUCCACCCAUUCUAUGCUGAUCUGAUGAAUGUGUUGUACGAUAAGGACCAUUACAAGCUGGCUCUGGGUCAGAUCAACAUUGCCAAGAACCUAAUUGAUAACGUUGCUAAAGACUAUGUGCGCCUGAUGAAGUAUGGCGACUCUUUAUAUCGCUGUAAGCAGCUGAAGAGAGCAGCACUCGGACGCAUGUGUACCAUCUUAAAGAGACAGAAACAGAGUCUGGAGUACCUGGAGCAAGUUCGUCAGCAUCUCUCACGUCUGCCUACCAUUGAUCCAAACACCAGAACACUGUUGCUUUGUGGAUACCCUAAUGUCGGCAAAUCCAGCUUCAUCAACAAGGUAACCCGUGCAGAUGUGGAGGUACAGCCAUAUGCCUUCACUACUAAAUCUCUGUUUGUGGGUCACAUGGACUACAAGUAUCUGCGCUGGCAGGUGGUGGACACCCCAGGUAUCUUGGACCACCCUCUGGAAGAGCGGAACACGAUUGAGAUGCAGGCGAUCACAGCGCUUGCUCACCUGCGGGCUGCUGUGCUGUACGUGAUGGACCCCUCUGAGCAGUGUGGACACACCCUCUCACAGCAGUUCGAACUGUUCAGCAACAUCAGACCCCUGUUCGCUAAUAAGCCCCUGAUUAUAGUUGCCAAUAAGUGUGAUGUGAAGAAGAUAAGUGAGCUGUCAGAAGAGAAUCAGAAACUCUUUACAGAUAUCUUGGCUGAGGGAAUUCCAGUGAUUGAGACCAGCACUCUGACAGAAGAGGGAGUCAUGCAGGUUAAAACAGAGGCAUGUGAUAAGCUGCUGGCUCACCGCGUGGACUCAAAGAUGAAGGGGAAGAAAGUCCAUGAUGUCCUGAACAGACUUCACCUCGCUGUGCCAGCCAAGAGAGAUCAAAAGGAAAGACCUCCAUUUAUUCCAGAGGGGGCGCUGCUUCGCAGGAAGGCAAUGGAGGUUGAUGUUCCCAAACGUAAACUGGAGAAAGACCUGGAGUUGGAACUUGGAGACGAUUACACGCUUGACCUACAGAAAUACUGGGACUUGAUGAAUGCUGAUGAGAAGACUGACAAGAUUCCUGAGAUUUGGGAAGGACACAACAUCGCUGACUACAUUGAUCCUGAGAUAAUGAAGAGACUGUCUGAGCUGGAGAAGGAGGAGGAGCUCCGGGAGCAGGCAGGGGAGUAUGACUCUGAUGAAGAAAGUGAAGACGAGGAGAUGCAGGAAAUCCGUAAGCUGGCCAGUCAGAUUCGAGAGAAGAGGAAGCUGAAAAUCUUGGAGUCGAAAGAAAAAGAUGUGCAUGGGCCGAGGUUACCUCGAACUGCCAGGAAGGUGGAGAGGGCAACCCUGGAGAAGGAAAUGGGAGACCUCGGUUUAGACAUGGGUGAUAAAGAUGAUAGCCACUAUGUUCAGCAGGGGAGGUCACGCUCUCUCGUCAGAAAGAGAAAGAGGGAAGCAUCGGCUCCGCCCACUUCACGCACACGCAGUCAGAGUGCCUCAAGACCACCGCGUGACAAGUCUGGAAUCAGAGAUGCUAAGAUGAUGAAGAAAUCGAAGACGAUGAUGAAGAACUCCCAGAAGGGAAUGAACAGGCAGGGCAAGAAGGGCGAGGCAGACAGACACGUGUUCAACCUGAAACCCAAACAUCUUCUCGCAGGAAAGAGGAAAUCUGGCAGCACCAGCCGCAGAUGAGCACACAGACGGGUGUCUGUCUGUACUGCUGCCUUUACACAUGUACCGUAACGUGUACUUAACUCUGAGACAUUUCUUCAACAGUCAUGAGAGUGUGAUGAGAGGAAAGAAAUAGAAAAUCAUAAAUUCUCUUUCAAUAUUGUUAUAUCCUCAAAAAUCCAGCCCCCAAAAAUUGGUGGAUGUUUGAUGAUAAAAUGUCAGAUUUAUGGUGUGUAUUGAAAAUACAUCAUAUAUGGAUUUCUGUAAUGUUAACUGUGCCAUCUUUUCUGAGUCUAAACCAGUGAACAUGCUAAUGUCUAUUGACUGAUGUCCUGUGAUGAUUGGAUGGCAUUGAAAUAAAUAAAUAACAACCAACAAACCA